AUGUCGACCGUUCAGUGGCCAGAUGACAGCAUGUUUCAACACUUUUCCGUGUUUGAAGAGACAUACAAGGUUGUCGACUCGCACGAAAUCAAAGCCGCCGUGUUGAUACCAAAGAAAGCCAAACCCGGUAUUCACCCAGUCAUCUUGAACUUCCACGGCGGUUUCCUCGUCUAUGGGGGGUCUCUCUUCGCCCCCUUCUUCGCGCCCUGGAUACUCAAAUUGGCCCUCGAGAACGACGCCGUGCUGGUCUCCGCCGACUACCGGCUCCUCCCUUCGAGCAAUGGUGUGGCCGACGUGCUGGAGGACCUCGAAGACUUCUGGAAGUGGACGCGCUCCAGCCUCCCCGCCGUGCUUGAAAGCCGCGCACCUGGCCACACGGUCGACUACAACCGCCUCCUCGUGACUGGCGGCUCCGCCGGUGGGUACUGCGCCACGCAGAUCGCCAUGUCCCACCCGGACGAAAUUGCCGCCAUGGCUCUCGUGUACCCGUUUGUCGACCCCCACGACCCUCUUUUGUUCAAGGGCCCUGCCGUCGGAGAGCCGUCGAUAAUGAGGACCCCCGUCGAAGACUUGCCACCUAAGGAGGCAGUAAUGUCUUGGAUUGAAGACGCUCGGAAGACGGUCGUGUCAAAGGCCGGGUGGGAGAGAGGACCAUAUGCUGUUGCCGCAGCUCAGGAUGGAGUUUUCUAUACCAAAAUCUUUGAUCAUCUCGGCCUGGACCGAAUUGAGCAUUCGCCUCUAAAGAGGCUCGCAGCUGGAGCAAGGCUGCCGCGGAAACUUUGGAUCUUGCAUGGCGACGACGACAGCGUCGUGCACAUUCGGGCAACUCACAAGUUGUUGGACCUAAUUCGGGACAAGUCACCGGAUACUACUGUCAGGCUCGAUAUCGCAGCCGGAGAAGAUCACGGCUUUGACAAUUUCAAGACAUCCUGGGAACUACACGCCAUCGGAGCAUUAGACUUUGUGAAGCAUUCAUGGAUUUGCAAUCGAGAUUCCCACCGAGCAGCACCAGUAAGCGGAGGUUGA